AAGGAGAGGAUAAGACCCCCCCUCUCUCUCUCUCACAAACAAAAGAAAGAAGAAAAAAAAUCUCAAAAUAAAACAACCAAACCACACACUUCACACCCUCUUCAACAUCCUCAGCAAGUACAAGAACAAGAAGAAACAAUGUCUUGCUCCAAUCUCACAAUGUUGGUGUCCUCAAAACCUUCCCUUUCCGAUCCCUCCAAUCUCUCCUUCCGCUCUGUCCUCAACCCUUUUCAGCUCCCUUCACAAAACCCAACUUCAUGCACUCCUUCACGCUCCUCAACCACCCAAAUUCAGUGUGGUCUGAGAGAACUCAGAACCCGCAUUGAUUCCGUGAAGAACACUCAGAAAAUCACCGAGGCUAUGAAGCUUGUGGCUGCAGCCAAAGUGAGAAGAGCUCAAGAAGCUGUUGUCAACGGAAGACCCUUCUCAGAGACCCUCGUUGAAGUCCUCUACAACAUCAACGAGCAGCUCCUAACUGAGGACGUAGACAUCCCUCUCACAAAGGUUAGGCCUGUCAAGAAAGUUGCACUUGUUGUGGUCACCGGCGACCGUGGUCUCUGCGGCGGUUUCAACAACGCAAUCAUAAAGAAAGCUGAGGCUAGAAUCAGGGAAUUGAAGGAGCUUGGCUUGGAAUUCACUGUCAUAAGUGUUGGCAAGAAGGGUAACUCUUAUUUCAUCAGAAGGCCUUAUAUUCCGGUUGACAGGUUUCUAGAAGGUGGCACACUUCCAACUGCUAAGGAAGCUCAGGCCAUUGCUGAUGAUGUUUUCUCACUCUUUGUGAGUGAAGAGGUUGACAAGGUGGAGCUUCUAUACACCAAGUUCGUGUCGUUGGUGAAAUCGGAUCCCGUGAUUCAUACCUUGCUUCCUCUUUCGCCAAAGGGAGAGAUUUGUGAUGUGAAUGGUGUGUGUGUUGAUGCUGCUGAGGAUGAGUUCUUCAGGUUGACUACCAAGGAAGGAAAGUUGACUGUGGAGAGAGAUGUUGUGAGGACUAAAACCGCGGAUUUUUCGCCAAUUUUGCAGUUUGAACAAGACCCCGUUCAGAUCCUUGAUGCACUGCUGCCACUGUAUUUGAACAGCCAGGUUCUGAGGGCAUUGCAGGAGUCCUUGGCGAGUGAACUCGCCGCCAGAAUGAGUGCCAUGAGCAAUGCCACAGAUAAUGCUAUUGAGUUGAAGAAGAACUUGUCCAUUGUGUACAAUAGGGAGCGCCAGGCUAAGAUCACUGGUGAAAUUCUGGAAAUUGUGGCUGGUGCCAAUGCCUUGCAAUAGUGCAAUUUGUAGGUAUUGUUUACUUAUUAUAAUGAUGGGUGGUGGUUGCCCUUUUCAUUUUCUAAUGUGGUUAUCUAAGACACUUGUGCAAUUUUUACGCUUCUGUUGAAACUUGAAUGAAAUGCGCAGGCUUUGUGCAAUAGGAAAAAUGCGAUCAAAUCUGAAGCGGACACUUUUUUUUUUGUUAUGUUUUUUUUUUUCCUUCUGAAUUAUGUAUGUAAUGAAUCAAUAAUAGAUCUAUAAUAUAAAGAUUCAGAGAGUUAUCUCUGUUGAUUUGAUGCA